UGCGACAUUGCAAGUGCCGUGUUGCGGUAGCGUGGAAAUCCGCGAGCUCGCUCUGGUUGCCAUGGCCAUGUCGCUGACCAUCACUGGGCCGUGAUUCGCAAUGAGUCGUCUGCGUGGAUUUUGCAAGACUUUUUGGGCGUUAUUUUCGUUGCCGUUAUUAUCAAAAGCAUUCGGAUCGGCAGUGUGAAGGUCGCAUCUCUGCUCUUGAUUCUCUUCUUCCUUUACGACAUCUUUUUCGUGUUUAUUACCCCGCUGUUCACCAACGAUGGCGAGAGUGUGAUGGUGCAAGUCGCCACGGGCUCUGGAUCGACCAACGAGCAGCUGCCGAUGGUGCUCAAGCUCCCACGCCUUGUAGAUCCGUACAGCGGCAGCUGUGGCGUCGCCUACACUGUGCUGGGCUUUGGCGACUUGGUCAUGCCGAGUUUUCUGCUUGCAUUCUGCCUCAUGUUUGACUAUCGACGACAUUUGGUGGACACUGUUGUCAAGGGCUCGCUUCGCGGUCGCCUCACACUUGCCAUGUUUGAGACGGGCAAGCGACGCAGCGCGCGGGGCUCGCAAGACGACGCAGCUGGAUCUGCCGACUCUUUGCCCCACGAGCAUGUCGGCGUGAACGAGGCCGAGCCGGCUGUUGACGUGGAGGCGAUCAUUUCGUGCGCAGUGCUGCUCCGAGCAUCGCAUCCCAAUGUUACGCGAGGUGCUCGACCCGUGUACUUUUUCUCGUGCGUGUUUGCCUACUUUGUCGGGUUGAUGGCGACCUAUGCCACGCUUGUUGGCUCUGGCAAGGCCCAGCCAGCGCUGCUCUACCUCGUACCAAGCACACUCGGGUGCACGCUCCUUGUUGCCUGGUGGAGGCAUGAGCUGCCGCUUGUCUGGCGCGGCGUGCACAGUCUGACGGACGAGGUGUGGGAAGAGUACGAUCGCCUCCGUGCGGACGCCGCUGACGAGAACCGCACCUUCUCCAGUCGUGGCGGCAAUACCAACAUUGAGGAUGGUGCUACGUCGUCGUCGUCGUCGUCGUCGUCGUCUCGCGUCUCUGUGUCCAAUCGCGGUCGACCACGCAAGGAGAGUCUCGAUUCGGACGAUGCAGACACUGAGCGGCUGCUGUGACGGGCUGUUUGCGUCUUUUUGAACGUUCUAGAUUGAUAUUUUUGGUUGUGUUGAGUGAUUGUGUUUUUUUCUUCCCAAGUGUACAAAGUUCCUUGUCGC